UGGAAGAAGUGAGGUAGUGUGAGGCUGCUGCAGAGGGACACAGAGACACGCGCUGGAGGACUGGCACGCACACACACACCAACCUCUGCGGGAUAUUCACUAUAUACACUUGAUGAGCAGCGACUACUUGUGUUGUUUUGUUUGUUUUUGCUCUAUUCCUGCUUCUUCAACCCUGGAUAAAGGAUUAUAUAGGACUCAUUAGCGGGUGAUAUAUUGAAGAGUCCGGUAGAGGAUGACAUUUGGUCCGUUUGUUCCUCUGUAGAGAGACAGCCUGGGUCCGACACGGAGGACGCGCACUGCGCAGCUCCACGUCCCUCCGGAUUACCGCACUGUCUCUUCUGUUUAAAGUCAUCAUGAAACGUGCUGGUCAAUGAUAGUUUCCACCGUGCGUCCUCUCGUUACAUCCUGCCGUCGCUCCUCGGAGCCUGAUCCAGAUGAGAGAUCCCCCCGGUGGACCUGAACCGCCUUUACGCAGACAUUCCCCGGAGUCCCCAACCAACGGUGAUCAGCACCGGACAGGAGCGGAGAGACCGUCCGGUUCCAGACUCACUUUCAGUCCUCUAACGGAUCCGUUUCGUCAGGCUAGAAGGCUUCCUAUCCGGAUCGUGAAGAUGUUGACGGCGCACAGCGGCCACUUGCUGCACCCGGAGUAUCUCCAGCCGCUCACAUCCGCUCCACUCAGCAUUGAACUGGAUGCCAAGAAGAGUCCUUUGGCCCUGCUGGCCCAGACCUGCUCUCAAAUUGGCAAACCAGACCCCCCCUCCUCUUCCAAGCUGGCCUCCCUUUCCUCAGACAAGGAAUCGUCCAGCCGGUCUUCCAAGUCUGGAGAGCAGCACCAGUCGCUGGAGGACAAGUCCAGCUUCAAGCCUUACUCCAAGUCGUCAGGCGACUGUCGUAAGGACGUUCUGGUGACAAAGGGGCCUUCAGAUAAAGCAGCUUUCAGGGUGCCAAAUGGAAGCUCCAGCAGUGGCGCCGCUUCAUGUCCAUCCUUCCCUCCCCAUUCCCGGUCGCCCAGCUCCAGCCCUCCUCCCCUGCACUCUCAGAGCCAGACCCACAGACAAAGCCAGUCCCCCUCCACGCAGCCCCCAUCACACUCCCAGGCCACGCACACGGACAACAAAUCGGGGAGCUCAGAGCAGUCCAGCUCGGACAGUAAUAACAACAGCGCUGGCAAAAAAGACUCCGAUGCAGCUAAGUCAGGGAUGGAUGGGGCUCAGUUGGCCAACUCCAGCCACAUACGGGCCAGUGCCAACUCCAGCAACGCCAGCUCUGCCAGCAGCCCGCGGCCGGAGAGCAAGGCCGAUCCACAGUCCUCCUCGCAGCCUGGCUUGGGCUCCGGCCACAUCGCCCCCGUCUCCCCUUUUAAACCCGGACAUUCUGUCUUCCCGUUGCCUCCCGCUUCCAUGGGCUACCACGGCUCCAUCGUGGGGGCCUACGCCGGCUACCCCUCCCAGUUUGUUCCCGGCUUGGAUCAUACCAAGUCUGGCUUGGGGUUAGGACUUCCGGGCAAGCAUCCCAGCUCCAGCCCGCUCACUGGAGCCUCACCUCCGUCCCUGAUGCAGGGCUUAUGUCGGGACCCGUAUUGUCUGACUUACCCCAAUGCAGCCCACCUGGGAGGAACUAACUGCUCCACCUGCGUCCACGACCCCUCCAGCCUCAAGUCCGGUUUCCCCCUGGUCUAUCCCUCCCACCACCUCCAUUCCCUGCACCCCAGCUCCUUGUCUUCCGGCACCGUUCCCUCCAUGUCCCACCCCCUCUACACCUACGGUUUCAUGCUCCCCAACGAACCGCAGCCUCACGCCUGCAACUGGGUGUCUGUUGCAGGUCCUUGUGACAAGCGGUUCUCCACGUCAGAGGAGCUACUAGCCCACUUGCGUACCCACACAGCCCUGUCCGGGAUGGUGGACAGUAAGCUUUUGUCGGCCUACCCUUCAUCUGUUUCAUCGACAGCCUCUUGCCACCUCCACCUGCCCCAACACAGCAGCCCGGGUACCCUGCCCAGCUCCUUCUCCCUCAGAGGCUCUCCUGGCUUGAUGGCUCGCUACCACCCCUACAGCAAAUCCCACCUGCCCGGAGCACCAGGACUUCCUAUGACCUCCCUCCCCUCCUCGGCCUAUUACUCCCCCUAUGCCCUCUAUAGUCAGAGACUGGGCUCGGCCUCAGCCCUCGGAUACCAGUGAUAUCAGAAAUAGUGUUGACGCCCACAGACUGCAGGCACCAGCUUGGACUCUCCAGAGCGGCCCUGAAGACGGAUUCUUGAGAUUGGGGUCAUCACCGGUAUCAGGGCACCAUGCCUGACGGCCUGGCCUGCCAGGAAUACCACCUGUUAGCCUCAGGAUUGUGAUUGGCGCUCACCCUGCGAUGGAUUGUCUGCAGAACCAACAGACUUUAGUGAUUAAAGGCGGCAGGACACAGAGCUUGAAAAUGAUGGAAUUGUGGGAUUAUUACAGCAGUCUUGAUUUUUGUUUUGUUUUUCUCUAUAUCUGUCUCCCAGAACUGAAAGUCUGUAUUUAUUUUUCACUCAAGCGCUUGGUAUUCAACUCUGGGGGGGAAAUUUUGCUGUCCAAAUAAAUUGUUCUGAAAUAUUCUAACUGAAAAAAUGAUUUAAGUAUAGUACCAUUAUGCCUAUCAUACACUCUAAAAAUAAAAACCUUGCACCACGAUGAAGAUGGACUGUGAAGCUUUAUUCUGGGGACCUCUUUUCAUCUCCUUUCCUCUCUGGCUGUUGGUUUUUUUCUGCAUCUUAUUCAGACUCUGGAGAAUUGCAUGUCCACGAGAAUUAUCUUGAACAAUGCCAUUAUUUUUAUUUGUAAAUAUGCAAAGAUGUAAUAUUUUUUCAAGCUUACCUGGGGGUCAGCGAGUUGGGUUCACAAAUGGUACAAAGAUGAAAAAAAAAGAUAAAUAAAAACAAUUAAUGAUGGCUGUGCUAUCUGACCAACAGGGGAAGGUCUUAUUUUGUUAAAUAAAUGAUACAUGAUUGCA